AAAAGAAAGGUAUUGGCAUAAACCCUAGACAAGACCUUUUUUUAACACCAUGGGAGAACAACAAGGAGGAGGAGGCGUAGCUGUUUGCAGCUCAACCCAACAACAACAACAACCAAAAUCUAUAUCUAAAUCUGCCUGCGAUGAAUGUAAAACAAAUGAGUCUAAAUACAAAUGCCCUGGCUGCCCCAUUCGUUCCUGUAGUCUUCCUUGUGUCAAAGCUCACAAACUUCGUACCGGCUGUACCGGUAAACGGUUGCAACAAACCGAGUUUGUUCCUCUUUUUAAGUUUGAUGACAAUCUCCUUCUUUCAGAUUACAAUAUGCUUGAGGAUGUGAAGAGAAUAGCUGAUUCUGCUAAGAGAAGGAGAAUAUUGCUGUGUGGGAAAUACUUGGGGACUGAGGCCCCGUUCCACCUUAGAAGGUUGCAGAAUAAUGCUCGGCAUCGGAGGACCAUACUUCUGUUUUUGCCAAGAGGAAUGUCAAAGAGGGAAACCAACCAGACAUUUUAUAACAACAGGUUGAAAUCUAUCUCUUGGACUAUUGAAUGGCACUUCCAUUCAGCUGAUAUUAAGUUGAUUGACCAUGGGGUUCAUGAAAACUCAAAUCUCUGCUCGGUGAUUCAGAAGCAUCUAAAUCCCGGUCCAUUAAAUCGUCCAUUGAAACCGUUCUGUAUCGAGCCAGUGGAAUCUCUCAAAUUUUAUAUUACCCAAAACCCACAGCAACCGAGAUCAUCAUUUCGCGAGUUGGACAUACAUGCCCCCAUACGCAAGCUGUUAGCCAAUUUAGUUAUCAUAGAGUAUCCUGUCAUUCAUGUUUUCCUUCCUUCACAUAACCCAAGUUUUGAGGUUGUUAAAGACAUCGUCACUCGUCCACUGCAUCCUAAAAUAGACACAGGCAAUGAUACUCAACCAGAACCGAAAGGCGUGUUCUUCAAGGAAGAAGAAAUUAAAGAUCACAAUCCUGCAGAUCCUCAUGUUUUGGAUCUCAUGCACAAAUCACAUGGAAAAACCGAUAUAAAAGAAGGGCUUGUUCACAAGUCUAUCGAUUCCACCAACAAUGAUAAUCUAGAUGAAAUUGUUGACCUGGUCAAUUUUGAUUUUGAUCCCGAGUUGAUAGACGUUUAUUCCAGUCUCAUCUCCGAAACAAACCCUGAUGAUUUUCUUGAUUUUGAGGGUCUGUGUGAUGAUUUACCAUCAAAAGGGUGUGACUUAACUGUCGAAGAAGAGUUGGAGGAAGGAGAGAUAGUUGAGUCAGAUUAGCCUUUUGGCAAAUUGUGACCCAAUUUCUCGUUAAAACUCAAAUCUGUUUUUGAUAAUGACGAUUAAGAAGUUGAAGAGUAUUAUUUUGAAAGUUAUAGUGGUCGAUGCAACGAAACUUUGUAUUAAUGAGAUGUACGAGGGGUGAUAAUGUUGUGGUUAGUGUUUCUUUUGUCAAAAGAUGUAUCCUCCAAUAUAUGUAAACAACAUAUCCACUUCUCUUUUGGUUAUAAAUUUCAUCAAAUAUUUUGUAGCU